AAGAUGGCGAGCAUGCUGUCCAGGCGUCUGGGGAAGCGCUCUCUGCUUGGCACCCGUGUCUCUGCCCCUGGCGCCUUGGCCGAUGGGGUGCUGGUGGCCACCCACGUCCCUGGCUUGCAGGCUGACCUUGGCCGGGCAUCUGCCCACAUGGUGCUGCAAGAGGAUGGAUCCUGUGUGCUGACAGCAGAGGACAGCAACCAUGCGCCCAGGUUCCCCUGUCCGCAGUGGGUGGCACUGACAAACUGCCCUUCAUGCCGUUUUCAGGUCCUUGUUACCUACAGUGGGCAGGAGCGUGCUGGCCUCGUGGAGCAGCACAACCAGCUGAGUGACAAGGUGAAGGUGCUGCUGCCAGAGCAGGGCUUGCAGACGUGCUGGAGGGUGCAGGACAUGCCAGAGGUGCUGCAGAGAUCUGUGUCCAGCAGCAUUGAUGUACCCAAGAGGAAAGCUGACACUGCUGUGGAGAUGGAUGAGAUGGUGGCAGCCAUGGUGCUGACGAGCCUCUCCUGCAGCCCCGUGGUGCAGAGCCCUCCCGCUGGUGAGAGCGGCAUCCCCCCCUCACGGACAGUGUGCGAUCCCUGGAAGGAGAGUGGUGAUGUCUCAGACAGUGGCAGCAGCACCACCAGCGGGCACUGGAGUGGGGGCAGUGACAUCUCCACCCCUUCGCCCCCCCAUCCUGCCGGCAGUCCCAAAUACACCAGCGAGGCUCUGAGCUCUCCCCAGAUUGAUGACGGCUUUGAGACUGACUCCGACCCUUUUCUCCUCGAUGAACCUGCCCCACGCAAGAGAAAGAACUCUGUGAAGGUGAUGUACAAGUGCCUGUGGCCGAGCUGUGGCAAGGUCCUGCGCUCCAUCGUUGGCAUCAAGCGGCACGUCAAGACUCAGCACCUCGGGGACACUGCAGAUUCUGACCAGCGGAAACGGGAGGAAGAUUUCUACUACACUGAAGUGCAGGUGAAGGAAGACACUGUGCCAGAGGGAGUGGCCACUGCCAGUCCCACGUCUGUGUCUGCUCCUAUCAUCAUCCAGCAAGCCCUUGCAAAGCCAGAGGCACUACUGGUUGAGCAGCCAAUGCUGGAGCCCACCCUGGCCAGCAGCACCCUGAGCCAGUCAGCACCCAGUUCCUUUUGGCACAUCCAAGCUGAUCAUGCCUACCAGGCGUUGCCCUCAAUCCAAAUUCCAGUGUCACCUCACAUCUUCACCAGCAUCAGCUGGGCCACUGCCACUUCGACUCUCCCAUCCCUGUCAACGGUGCGGAGCCGGUCGCUCAGCUUCAGCGAGCCACAGCCACCAACACCAAUGCUCAAGUCCCACCUGAUCGUCGCCUCACCACCCAGAGUGGCCAUCAGCACCAGGAAAGUCCGUGGUGAAGCCAAGAAGUGCCGUAAGGUGUACGGCAUCGAGCACCGGGACCAGUGGUGCACAGCCUGCCGGUGGAAAAAAGCCUGCCAGCGCUUCCUGGACUGAAUGCAGCACUCUGCUGUUGCCUCCC